GUAGUGUAGUGGACUGGACUGGUUGAGGAGUCAGUUUUCUACUGCGUAGUGAGUUAGGGCUACUAGUCUGUAAAUAGAAACUUUAUCAUAUACAGUGAACUCCAGCACCUGGGAUUAUCCAGGAGCCAGCGUGCUAUGACUUUGCUGUAUGAGGUACCUGGCUGGGGAAUGGGGAGAGGUUACUGCACUUUCCCAGCCCUGUCUCCUCCUCCGGCCCCUGCAGCUGUAACAUUCUGCAGUGAGAAGCGUUUCUCACACUCACCUUUCUAUCCCGGGAGCAGAUUUACUAUAGCGGCAGAACCACAGUGAAUGAGCAAUGCGGAAACGCCUGGUGAUAGGAAUCCUGACCAUUGUACUGUUAGCACUGGUGCUGAUCUUGGGAUUGUAUUUCGGACUGCGUUCUAAUUCUCCUGCAACCUCAAAAAACAAUGCACAAGUCUUCGCAAAAGCAGCUGUAGCCACUGAUGCUGGAAUAUGCUCUGAGAUUGGCAGGGAUGUUCUUAAAGAAGGUGGUUCAGCAGUCGAUGCUGUUAUUGCUUCUCUGUUCUGUGAUGGUCUUCUGAGUGCUCACAGCAUGGGCAUUGGAGGUGGUGUGAUCCUAACUAUAUAUGAUGCUAAAACAGGCAAAACAGAAGUAAUUAAUGCACGUGAAACUGCCCCAUUGAAUGCCACAGAGGGAAUGUAUGGGAACAAUUCUGCGAUAUCUCUAAAGGGAGGAUUGUCCAUUGCCGUGCCAGGAGAGGUCAAAGGAUACCAAAUAGCACACCAGCGGCAUGGCAAGUUGCCAUGGAAACGCCUGGUUGAGCCCAGUAUUAAGUUGGCACGUGAGGGAUUUGAAGUUACCUUGGGCCUGUCCCAGGGACUCACUUCGUCCAAGGCAGCUAUUGAAAAAGACAAGUCACUCUGCGAGGUAUUCUGCAAUGCAGAAGGAAAGGUUUUGGAGAAAGGAAACAUUGUGAAGUGGCCUAAACUUGCUGACACGCUACAGAUCCUGGCAGAAGAUGCCAAUUCUUUCUACACCGGCUCACUAGCUAAGCAAAUUGUGAAGGACAUCCAGCAAGCAGGUGGAAUCAUUACAGAGGAAGAUCUGAGAAACUACAAAGUGACCAUUGAAGAGAAUCCACUUAGUUUUCAACUUGGAGAUUUCACCCUCAUCAGUCCUUCUGCACCUCUGAGUGGUCCCGUACUUGGGCUCAUCCUCAACAUACUGAAUGGUUUUAAUUUUUCCAGUAACAGUGUAAAGCCUGAGGCUCUCGGACUGACCUACCAUCGCAUAGUAGAAGCUUUCCGCUUUGCUUACGCAAAGAGAACUCUGCUUGGAGAUCCCGACUUUGUGGACAUAACAGAGGUGAUGAAGAAUUUCACUUCAAAUGACUAUGCUGCGUUUUUAAAACAGCAGAUCUCAGAUGAUACCACUUAUCCAUUCGAAUAUUAUGAGCCCAUAUUCUACAAGGCAGAUGAUCAUGGCACAGCCCACGUGUCCAUUGUAGCAGAGGAUGGAAGUGCAGUGUCUGCUACCAGCACCAUCAACUUCUACUUUGGCUCUAACGUUCUCUCCAACGUGACAGGAAUCCUCUACAACGAUGAGAUGGAUGACUUCAGUUCACCUUUGAUAACCAAUGGAUUUGGUAUUCCCCCAUCACCAGCUAAUUUCAUCCGGCCUGGGAAGCGACCCAUGUCUUCAAUGUGCCCCUCAAUCCUGCUGGAUAAGGACAACAAGGUGCACAUGGUGGUUGGUGCCGCCGGAGGGAGUAAAAUCACUACAACAACAGCGCUGGCCAUUAUACAUUCCCUUUGGUUUGGUUAUGAUAUGGAGAAAUCAGUGGAAAUGGCACGAAUACACAAUCAAUUAUUCCCUAAUGACACCACAAUAGAAAACACGAUGAUAAAGACUGUGGAGACUGAACUCCUGAAACGUCAUCAUAACGUAGUAUAUUCUGAAAGACGUGGAACUGUGGUACAGGCCAUUGUACGGACGAAGGGCAAGUGGGAAGCAGCCUCAGACACCCGGAAGGGAGGGUACCCGGCAGGUUACUGAUCUUGGUCCAUAUUAUAUAAUGACUGUGAACUGCUCAUUGAGGUCUUCACGUACUUCUUCCUCUAGCUUCCCUGGACCCACAAAAACAUUCAAGGGCAUCUUACUCAAAGACCAGAUUAUGUUGACAACUUGGGUAACACAAUGAUACUAUGAUAAAAAAAAAUUUUUUUACAAAA